UCUCUGCAGCGCUUUUAACAGCGAUCGUACGUGCAGAUACGUAGGCGUCUGGUGCUCUAUAUAGAGUGACGUCACUGCAUCGCGCGUUUGCUCUGUAGAGCUUAAAGUGUAUCAAAGAUGGCGACGUGAGGGUAGGGCCGGCUAGUAGCUCCGUUAGGAAGGUCCUUCCCUCGACGUGUCGAGAGCCAGCUCGUCAUUUCGAUGGUGACGGGCUCUACACUUUUGCUAACCAGACUUCAGACACGGUUCUAACUAACAUUAUUUAAAUGCAGUGUAUAUACUAUGCAGCAUGACCAAUGGAAAAAUGUAUUAGCGACCGAUGCUUUUCAGACUAUAACGAACUAUAAUGAUAUCAGUGUUAUUUAGCUGGAUCGAAUAUUCUUCUUGGAAGAGCAUAAAAUCGUACCCGUAUUCGGUAAUCAAAGUCACCGAGGUAUUACGUUAAGCCGAUAAGAUUUCGUUAGAUUAUUGUGAAACAAAAAUACCAAAGAAAAUUAAAAAAGUAUUGUCGUGCUCCGUGAAAUAAAAAUUGACGUUAUCAUCGCAAUCAAAAGUGAGGGAAGCCAAUUUGGAUGUUAUAUAUAUAUAAAAAAAAAGGGUAGAGCCCUUGUCGUAUAUUUAGACUAUUAAUCGAAUUGAAAAAUGUUAAUGAAUUUUCGAAAAAUCAUUAUCAGUAAAAAAUAACCAAAGAAUAUUUACACCGAGUAUCGUAUCCGUACCGGUGAUAACGAUUGUCAAAACAAGAGAACUUUACGCAUGGUUAAAAUAAAAAAGUAAAAAAGAGAGAAAGCCGACAUAAUCCCGUCCGAAUUGGCCUGUGGAAACGUGGGGUCGCGUGUCGCCUCGUCAGCGAGCGACAUCGAUGCCAGACAUCGCUAAGCCCAGCUGCCAAGCUGAAGAGCGGAUAGACAUCAGCUGUAGUCAUUGAAUUUCCAAUUUCGAUAUAAAUUCAAGUUAUCGCUGUAGCUCAGUCACGUAUUGGUUGGCUCCAGGAGUGUUGGAGAGCGAGGAACCCAGUAGCGGUGCGGGUUGGGUCGUACGUAGAGUGCACAGAGCAGGGUGGAGGGUUCGUGGGUCUGGGCCGGGGAGGGAGAUAGGUGAGAGGUCGAAGAGUCUGGUAGGUGGGGUAGAGGCUCGUAUCGACCGAGGAUUGCGCUUGCGUGGACAAAAGCGCAGAAUUGCGCGAACCAGUCGAACCGAGGAAACUCGUGUAGCUUCCGUCGGAAAGGAAGUCUCGUCAGUAGUGCGUGGCGCGGAGUGCCCGAGGAGCGGCCUCGGGUUCUUCGACUUCGCUAGGGAUCAGGGAGGGCCAGGACCAGGUCCAGGAGUAGGGUCGUGGCUGUUUCGCUAGCGGUUAUGAAGAGACCCCAGCAACCCCUUUGGAGGCACGGGUGAUGAUUCCAACGUACGCACAGGAGAGAGGAUAGGCUGGUCUCACUUCCUGGCUGACCUGCGCUUCGAUUGAACCAGAAGAGACCCAGACCAGCUGCUGAAGCGUCGGUGGGAGAGCCAAAGGUUGUUGCUGGAAGAAGAAGGAACGAAGACGGGGAAGCCUGGUGGAGGUGGUGGAGGAGGAGAAAAAUAGAGAGAGGUCCGGCCCAGGGGUCUGGGGGGAGCUCGAACGAGAGUGAGAUCGGGUCUGAAAUGUAUCUCCACGAUAAGGCCAGACGAUAAGCGUCUGGUUUCGGUGUUUGUACGCGAGCUGUUCUGAUAAAAGAUAAACUGACUUUUCCGAGGCUCCCCCUGAGGCCUCCCGGUGCUGCAGUCGACAUCCUUCUCUCGGAGACAUCGGCGCGCUUCCUCGGACCGGUGAUUCACAGUGCUGCUAAUAUUCCAGAUCAAGAUCUUCCUGGCGAGGACUCUUUUCAUGGUUUUCGUUUGGCGUUUUAUUAAAAUUGGAGGGAGGUCCUCGCGCGGGCGUUGAAAUCCUCGCGGGAGCCGAGAGAUACGAACUGGCAGAGGACGUGGCAAGGAGGGUGAACAACCUGAGAGUUCGUUUCGAACGUCCAAGGAGGCCAUGCACAACUUCGCCGAGGCAUUGAAGUCUCUCGAGUGCUAACUUCUCGGAAGAGACAGGGAAUGACCAAUACGCAGCAAACCAUCCUCGGCCAGGUCUCCGGAUCCGAGCAGCCGCGCGAGGAAGUUCAGCUGACGGAGUUGACACCCGUCAAGCAGUCCAGGAUCAAGGAAAAUUCAAAUGACAAGGAUGACCAUACUACUGAUGGACUCAAGGCGCUCAGAAGCUUGUCCCAGGAUGGGGUCGACGAGUUCGUCGAAGGGAAGAAUUUCGAGUUUUCAUCCAAGAUCGACGCCAUCGAGGAAAUCGAUACUGAUUAUGCGGACAGACCGAUUGCUACUGGCACCAGGAAGAGGAGGACCCAGGGCAGGAGGUGCUGCAGGGCUAAGGAAGAUCCUCUUCAGGAAAGUAUAGGUGCGAGGGACAAGAGCAGCAAGAUCAGCAACGAGGCACAAACAGAUGCGCGAAAUAGUGCCAGAGUUAAUAAGAAGCUGAAUCAUUUGCGAAAUGCCGAAAAUAAGAAAUCCGCAAAAUCCGAUGUAAACAAUGCGACAGCCGAGGACUCCGUUCGAGAAAAAAGAUACGUCCUCCGCACGAAGUUCCAAUCACUGAGAAACUCCAAACAGAAGAAACAAGCGGGCAGCAUAAAAAAUGUCAACAGAAAAAGUAACAAUAAGUCAGCAAGUAGCAAUUCCGUGGACGAAGUCUUCGAAGAUGGUCUAGACCCAGCGGGCCAGGAUGAGGAUGAGACAGUGGAGAGCGAAACCCAGUCUCAGUCAGAAGAGGAGAAGAGUCUUACAGAGGAGAAUCUAAGACGAAAGAUAGACGCCAUCAUCCAAGCUAAUUACCUUCUAGAACAAGAGAACAACAACGUGAUGCAACACGACCACAACAAGCUGGACGACGAGACUCAAAAUUGCAGCAGCAACGAGUACACCGGUGAAAAGAGAUCGGACCAGGAGGAGGACGGUACCCUUAAGAAGUAUUGUUGCGUAAUAUGCAAUGCGAGGUUCAAGGGCAGCGGUGGACUCAGGAAUCAUUACAAGGUGGUCCACGCGGCUGGACCCAUAUUCACGUGCAACGAGUGCGGCAAGGAGUUCCCGCUGAAGGAGCGCCUGAAGCUCCACGUGAGAACCCACACAGGAUUCAAGCCCUACAAAUGUCCGGAGUGCGACAAGACCUUCGCCAGGGGAGGUCAGCUGGUGCAGCACAGGAGAACUCACAGUCAGGUAAAGCCCUACCGUUGUGUCCUGUGCUCGGGUACCUUCACCUGCGCCGCCAAUCUGGCGCUCCACGUGAAACGUCACAACGGCCAGAAGGAUCACAAGUGCGAGAUAUGCGGCCGAGGAUUCGUGCGUCGCGACGCUCUUAAGAAACAUCUCGAGUGCUUGCAUCGCGACGUCAAGUCUUUCUUGUGCGUGAUAUGUAACAAGACCUUCAAGGGUCACCUGCCCCAGCACAUGAGGACCCACGCCCAGGACAGACCCCACGGCUGUGCCACCUGCGGGCAACGCUUCGCACAGAAAUCCCAGCUGACCGUUCAUCAGCGUACUCAUUCCGGUCAGAGACCAUUCCGUUGUCUAGUUUGUUGGCAGGCCUUCGCACACUCCACCGCGCUGAAGUUGCACACGAGACGGCACACCGGUGAGAGGCCCUUCAAGUGCGCCGAGUGCAACGCUGGUUUCACGCAGUUGCCGCACUGGAAGAAGCACAUGAAGUGUAUACACGGUAGGAGCGAGCCCUACUCCUGUAAAAAUUGCAACAGCUUCUUCCGGAUCAAGAACGACCUUGAGACCCACGAGAAGACGUGCCUGGCCGACGUCACCCUGGGAUCGGAAUCGAAUGACGCCACCGACAAAGUAAGUAGCCUACCUAGGUACAGGGUGAUGACCGUGGAGAAGAUGCGUCUGCUCCUGGCAGUCCUCCUCAAGAGAAUAUCCAAACCGGAGAGACUGGACGAGCUUGGGUUCGGCAAGAGGCUGAUAGACGAGGUACUCGAGGACUCUCUGGUUUCCGCUGGGAAGGAUCCUGUCAGGGCCGAUGGUCUCAGUGAAGUAGAUGCUCUUCGUAAGAACCUGGCGACCUUCCUCGAGUGGACCGUGCCCAAGGAACACUGGGAAAACUUUCAGAAGAUGAACAAGACACCGGAGGAAAUUCUUGAGACAUUGACGGCGACCUAAUUAUCUUAAAUUCUUCAUAAGGAUAGUACACUAGGUGGUUCACGCCUACCACGUCAGGAACGUUUCCUAGUGCCAUGUGUCAGUGUCCUUGCCAUGCUAUAUUAACGAAUGAGUCUAUACUUGUGCUGCAACGUCAUUCGUCUUACCAAAAAAAGAUUAAGUCAAAGAAACUAAGGACACUUUAUAUCGUAGAAAAAAGAGAAUAGAAAAAGAGAACAAUCUUGCUCUCAUGAUUUUAGUGACAUUUUUGUCCGAUGAUUCCUUAAAGCUUUAGCUAAAUCACUUGCCAUAAUUUCAAUUAUAUAUAGCGUACGUUAGUUAUCAUUAAAGACACGUGCAUACUUCUAUCGUUACUGAUCAAGUUCAUUUGAACCGUAGUUUUAACGAUCUCACCGAUCACCAAAAAAUUUAUUAUUUAGACUGUAGAUAACUGUGAGGAAUCGAGGUUAUCUCGUUCUGGAUAAUCUUCUGCAGCGCAUAUAUUAUAUAUUUUAAAUAGGCAUAUAUAUAUAUUAUAUGAGAUUCUGUUAUGUGUUCACGAGCUGUCGGGAGAGUGGAGAGGGACGUGCUCGAUUUUUGUAUUAUGUGAAAAGUUCGGUGCGUGGCCUCCAAGCUAUGUCCCCGUGCUUCUAGCAUAUAUUAUCAUAGAUAUACAUAAAUGCAUAGCUCCGUAGACGUAAAUGCUCGUGCGUGCACGAAGGGCAAUGAUAAUAUAUGGUUCCGUUAGUUAGAUAGGUGUAAGUAAAUGUGACCAGACAAUAACGAGGUUCAACAAGAUUAAUAUAUUGCUAUAGAAUGUAUAUUAUAGAUUUGCUCUAAUGUUAAUGCGAUCGAUUGAGAAUAAUGUUUUCAUAGAAAUCAAUCGACACAGGACUGCCUGCUACUUUCGUUUUGCUUUUCUCGAUCUCUUUCUCCCUCGAGAAAGAAUUUUUGGCUUUACUCAAAGUUCAAAGUAAAAUUUAUGCCGUACUCUUUUUUUUUUUUUUUUCAUUCUCUUGGGUUACUUAGAAUUGUCUGUCCUUGUACAUUGGUGCUUGUGUCCAUCGAUCGAGUCUUUCCUAUGGACGAGACGAUCGAAAUUAUAUUUUUUGGGAAAUUUUCCUUGCCAAUUGGCUUAGCGAUUUAAUUUAAAAGAAAUAAGUUUGAACGGUGCUUUGAGAAAUUUUUGUUUAGUAUGAAAAAACAAUUUUGCUCGUGGAAUCGUUAUGUUGAUUUUACAGAGGUUUGUCAUUUCUGAUAGAAUUUCGGGACUAUUCGGUUUCCUCAUUUUGGAAAGCCACUAUCGAAUCCAAAGACUUAGUUGACUCAGUUGCCAAAAAGAAAUGUAACUUAUAUGGCCGUUAGUUUAGACUUAGUUUUUAAUUUUGGGAUGAUUUACGUUUGUUACAAAUUUUAUUAUACACAUAUAGUAUAUAUAUAUAUUAUAUAUUAAAAAAUGAGAAGGCGCAAAAAGGGAUUUAAAUAGAGAGGGAACGAAUGGUUUGACUAUGCGAGUAUAAAAGAAAGAAAAAAGAAAUGCGCGGUUACUCAUCGCUUUUAUUUUAGAUUUAUUCCAGGAGAUCGACAUCUACACGCUUCGGCUUAGCUUACCUAUGUAAAGUAGGGUCGUAGUGCAUUGAAUAAACUAUCGAGGUCGCACUCCGUCCGUUUAACUUAUUAAUAGAGUCUGCAGGUUCUUUGAAAAAGUUUAGAAAAAUUCAAGCGAGCAUUGAACGACGGACAUACAAAAAGAAAUAGUAAAAUUUAUUGUUCCAAAGGAAACUUUACGUUAUUGGUGCCAAAAAAAGAAUUCGUACUCGAGCCAUUUAAUUUCUAAGAUAACCGCUGCUGUUAUAAUUUUUUUUUGUUAUUUUUUCCUUUGUUUUCCCGAACAAUAUUACCAUUUAUUGUUCGUCCCAUUAGUGCCAUAAGUAAUGCCAGUAGUACGCCAUUGUUGCACACGUCGCUAUACUGGUAUGUCGAUUAACGCGUAGCGUCUCUUUGUUUUUGUAUUUGUUACCAAUAAGCGCUGGAUUGAUUUAGAAUUAAGGGUGGUACACGAAUAUUGAAGUUGAAUAAGGAGAUAUGACGCGGCUGAGGAAAUUGUCGAAAAAAUGUGGUUGAUAAUAAUUAGAUGUAAGUUAACAAUGGUACUAGAUAAAUGUCUUGUUGUACAAUCAUGAAUAUCGGCUGGGAUUUAACCAAAGAAUCGAGUCAUGGGAUAUCUUUUGUUUUAUCCAAUGACUCACAGACUCUUCCAUGGCUGAUUCAUGAUUUGUCGACCGGAUGAUGUUUUCGUGUACCCCAUACGAUUGAUAUUCAAAAUACAUAUUGUCUAUACAUACUAAGC